AUGGCGCCAGUUACGAAGAAGAGCAAAGAAACAGAGCCAUCAAAAGCAAUAAAAAUACCGAAGAAGAAGGUGGUUGGUAAGGAUAAUCCAACUAUCGCACGAUCGCCGCAAACCUCAAUGACUGAUUUCUUCGGCAAGGUAUCGAAUAUUUAUCAGUUAACGUGGAAUUCCCCUGUACCAUUCAUUAUGAGAUGA